AUGUUUACCUUUGCGGUCUUGGCGGUACUGGAGAUUCUAGGCGCUUCCUCUGGCACCACCCAAGCCAUAUCACUUGAGCCACCUGAGGGUAAGACUGCAGACAACCCCACAUCUACGGAUAUUUUACAUUAUAAAAGGAAUGUAGUCUCCAGUGUCCCAGAAGUAAUCGAAGAGCAAGAUGAAGAAAUCAAGGCUGUUCACACACUAUUCGGCACAGGUCUCAAACGGCCGCUUCCGCUGGCGGAUGAGAAGAGGGAAUCAAAUACUUUCCCGCGACCGUCGGUGGGCAUGAAAGCUCCCCGUGUGUCGGAAUAUUCUCUGAAGAAUCAACUGAUUACCAAAGACGAAGGUAAGGUAUCGCGACACGUUCGUUCAGCAGGCUUGGACUCAAUGAAUGCUGGAAAACAACCAACAACAGAAAACGGAGACGAGGAUGAACGUGCCGUCUCGCUCUACGCGUCGUCCGAAUCCGUCGCCGGGGCCAAGCUGGGAGGCUUCAUCAUCGACAUCCUGCUGACGACGGGCCACAUGGACAUCCACCUCGUGACCAACGGCGACAUAGUGGAAGGUCUGGAUACAGUGGCAUUUAUGUGUAAUCAGCGUUACAUCCAGAUAGAGAUUUGGGUGGAUGUCUACUACUUCCUCACCCAUCUGGGUCCUACAGAAGGAUACCUGAGCACCGACCAAUUCCUUGUGUAUGGUACUUCCUACGAUAUUCUUACCAUUAUCACACAGAGACGGACAGUUAUGGAUGUCAUCAAUGUGAGGCUAACGACAUGGUAUUACGUGGUGAUGGACAAUGAACUCGACAACCAGAGAAUAGCGGACGCUCUUGAGGAAGGCUCCAUCUCCCUGCUCAUGCGCCCGUCGCUGUUCCGCGAGGACGACUGGAUCGCUUACACGCUCGUGUCCCCAGGAGGCGGGUCCAAGUACUUCCGCGCCGUCGGCAGAUGGACAGAGCAGGGCGGUCUGGAGGUGAGGAAAGACCUUUUCCCCCCCAUCUCACUAGACCUCAGGGGUCGAAACCUCCUCAUCGGUGUCAUAAAUAAACCACGAGUAUUGGAGUUCAAGGACGAGCAAGGUCGAUGGACCGACUUACGGGGCUAUUCGGCUGCCAUCCUGAAGGAGCUCCAGCAGGUGCUCAAUUUCACCAUCUCGCUCAGGGAAUUCGAGUUCUGGGGAUCUCCGGACGCCAAAGGUCACUGGGACGGCGUCAUCGGCGCCCUGUAUGAUAAGGAGAUUGACUUUAGUCCAAUGGAUUUUACUCCUACUAAAGAAAGCCGUGAGGUGAUUGACUUCACAGAGUGGGUGGGCGAAGACCCCGUCGUGAUCGUCUCGGCCGCGCCUCAGCCCGAGAUCCGGCCCUUCCUCCUGCUGGAGAUUUACCAGCCGUGGGUAUACGUGAGUCUUAUUGGGACGCUUUUAUUCUGUGCCUUUGUCAUGUGGGCACUGACGCGAGCGAACAUGAUCCUGCUGGUGGGCGUGUAUCCGCCGUCCAAGGUGCAGAAGCUCACCAAGGUUUUGUUGAGUGCUGGCAAGACCAUCGUGGCUCAGUGUAAGUUCUCAACAAUAGCGCCUUUGCAUAUCGUCAGGUACACGCCCGCCAUCGACAACCAUGAAGAGUUGGCGCAGAAUAACAGCGUCAUCCCAGUUACAGAGGAGUUUUCUACUACUCAGACGCUCAUAAUGGAGUCCGAGAGAGAAUCCUUCAUGGCUCUCGCUUCACGCCUUGAACUGUACGACGCUUCCUUCCUGGACAGCGAAGAGUUCUAUCACGGGAUUUCCGUCGGGAAAUGGGCAUUUGUAGACUCGUACAGUUCGACGUACGGCCGCGCCCUCAACUUUGAGAACCGGAUAAGGCGAUGCAAGUUCUAUGUCUCCAGAGACAGUGUGAUUGGGGGUCUGGAUGCCUGGCCUUUCCCACGAAACUCACCAGUCCACAGCCAGAUAUCGAGUUCACUAAAGUGGCUUCGAUAUUAUGGUAUCCUUGAGAAAAUCAGGUCCCGCUACUACGUCUCGACAUGUGACCGCUCGAAAGGUGAUGGAGUCAAGAAGAUGGACAUCACUAUGAUGCAAAGUUCCUUUUACGUCGCUGGAAUCGGCUGGUCGCUGGCAGGGACCGUCUUUUUGCUCGAAUUAAUAUUGUACAGGUUAAUGCACAUGUAAUAACCACCUGAAAUCGUCCAUACACGAUAUGAUAUGGUAACAACAGUGAUAAUAGAAAAUUAUAUCUGCUUACGUGAUAAUAUCAAAGCUAUGAAAUUAUACACAUAUUCACAUACAUGUGUAAGUACACAGAAAGUUCCCUUAUAAUACACGCAAUACAAGUUAAUUCAAAAUACAUACAAGGACAUGCGACAUAAUAGCAAAAUGAAGAGAGAGAAAAAGAACAGUUGGACAAAAAUGCGAUUUGAAGGAAAUCUGAGAUGUAUUUUUGAGCUCUUUCAGUCUGCAAUAAAAUAACUAAGAGAUG